UUCCUCGCAACUUUCGAAGCUCGUCGCUAUUGUUUUGCUCGUUAAAACAUAUGCUAAAAAUAAACUUUACUUUCAUUGGACACAGAAUUCAAAGCUUUAGGUAGUUUCGGCUGCAGUUGCCUUAGCUGCAUAACAAAAGAAUACAAAUGCCUCACCUAAUUGCAAUUCAUACCGCGAACACAGCGCCGACAAUCGCCGAUUAGAGCUUGGCAAAAAAACUGUUCUUCUCGAUUAAACUCUGGUCUGACAGUCUCAUUUUGGAGCGUAAUGACGGAUCUAGUAGAAGACGGGAAAGCCAAGGCAGCUGGAGUGAUCUCCGUCUUGAUCGGUGUGUGCGCGUUUAUCGAACUGGUAUGUGGAUUUAUCUACCUCAGCAAAGGAGGCCCUGAAGGUUCUGGCUUAUGGUCCGGAUUUGGGGUAAAUAUUUUAAAUAUUGUCUGUAUUUCUCGUAAUUUCUGACUUUAUAUGGCGGCAUUAGUUUAGAGAUAUAAUAUUCAUUAAAUAAAAGUUUAAACGGAAAUCGUUCAGAGUUGGUGUGAAAAGCUUCUGUUGUCGUCAGUACCUGUGUUCCACUAAGUUUCGAGCCAAGCAAUCAUUUUCGCAUACGUCUUAAACAAGUGUUUUUUCUCGACGUCCUGUGUUCUUAUUAUUUCAUUUUAUUCCAUAUUUGCAUUAAUUUUCCCUGACGAAAGAUUUUAAACUACUGGUAAAUAGUGGCAAAUCCAUAAAAAGAACGUUAUCGUUUUGCCAGAGUACAACAUCGUCAUUAGUAAUUUAGAUUAUAUCACUAAGAAUAAAUUUUAGAAAGCAGUAGAACUUAGAAACUUGCAACGUUGUUUUAAUGUUUAUUACCUUUUAUGCAUUGUAAUCGAUUCGCGAAAAAUCAAAUCCAAAGUCAAUAAAACUAGAGCAAAUGCAAAAUCGCUCAUCUUUACUCCAACUUUAUCAGUUUCCGCAGAAAAUUUAUGUCAGUGAUGCCCAUUCUUUUUUAACACUUUCUCUCACUGGUAACCCUGUAUGUAAUAGAGGCGAACUUGACACGAAUUCAUUAUAUCCACUGAAACAGCUGCCAAUCACAUCUAUUCUCAAGACACAUUAAAUUUCUGGUAGCAUUGAGUAAAUGACUGUUAGUGAAGCAUUGAACAGCAUUCGAUUUGGUUUGUGACGCAGGUACCAAUUUUUCAAAAUGGCGUGCUCUUUUUUAUUCGAAGAUGUCCGUGGUUAGAGACAAAAUUCAAGAAAAAAACUUCUCUUUCAACUGAAAAACAAAUGACACCACGGGCAAGCCCACAGACUGAGUUUAAGUUUAAAGGUAGAUGAAUAUACUGGUAUAGAAUCUUGGUUCCGAAAACGAAUUAAAGCACAGUAUGUUAAAUUAAUUCUAGGCGAAAAGAUAACUUUUAAAAAAUAAAACAAAAUACAGUAUUCAUGUUAUUGGUAGUUCAGCCGUGUCAAAAUUUCGAACUUUGAAAGGAUGAGCGAUGUUUCACACAUAAAGUAGAUCGUUUACUUUUAUUCACUCGGUUAAGAGUCUGAAUUUCAUUCUCUCUGGUUUGCAAAAUAUUGAAACAUGAAUGUCUCGCAAAGCGCUUUAAGUCGUGAUUCACUGCUUCACUGAUCAGUACCGCUGCAUAAAUUCUCACGAGCAAAAUGGAAGUCUGACAAUCAGACUCCAUAAGGCUCUGUUAGUUUUUCGCUCUUGAUCAAAAAAAAAAAGUUUUCUUGCAACGCGGACAUCAUUAUAUAAAAUUCUUGACUUUAGACAUAGUGGAAAAGCGAUGUUAUUCUAGAGCAAUUAUUGUUCCUUGAUUUCUUGCUGUUUCUAUUAGAGCAGGUUGGUUGCUUUCUCUUAACAGUGUAAAAGGCCGUUUGUGGGAUUAAAAGACCAGAUCAUGUGACUGAGUCGGUCAAUACAGUGUACGAUUUUUCCCGGGUUAUUUUGCCUUCCUCUUACUUCAGACUCUAAUUGAAUCCAUUCAGUCUUAUACCCUUUUGUGUAAAGGCAUAAUUUGUUUUUCCGAAUACGAAAAAAUUUGCAUGUCAAUACCUUAAAUACUGAAAAGCGGUGACCUGUGUGGUCUUCUUGAAAAUGAACUUAUUUCAAAGCAUGGUAACUUUCAAAAAAGGGAAGCAUCUGGAAAGGAAUAGUGUUGAUGUUUUUUAACUUGACUGGUUUGUUCAAACAACAUCUGGGAAAUUUUCCGCAUUUACUGGGGAAAAGUUGUAUUUUGGCAGAAUGAGUUAACGUUGCCAUGGCAAACCCGCGGUAGAAAAAGAUAGUAAAAAAGCGCUACCAUUUAUUUUUUUGCUCCCCCGUGGUGAUUAUAUUCAGUUUACAUUUCAAGAACACUGUAAGAUCACUUGUAAGGUGGGCAGAAAGAAAUUAUGACGAUGAAAUAAGUCAAAUAUAAGUACUUGAAAAUGCUCGCUCCUUCGAAAUCCAAGUGUUGAAUUACUCCAUAAGAAAAACGUUUUAAUUGAGAUAUGAUAGAAUACAAUUUAAUUUCCGUGAAGCUCUUAUCGAUUUCAGAACUUGAAAAUCGACGAAUAGUAAAUGUUCAUCUUGGAAUACAGUUCGAUUUAGCCGUUCUAUUAAUACAGACACCGUCUAAUUGUUAAAAAAAAGUGAAAAAAUCAGACAAUAAGAAACCUGACAAAGAAAAAAGAUUAAAGAAACCGGAAAAUCAUUAUAGGUAAUAGCACGAUUUGUAGUGAUAAUUAACAGCUUAAUCAUGAUGCUCACAAUAUACAAAACCAGCCUUGGGAAGGACAAGUAGAACGUAACAAAUUUAGCCAAAACAUUUCAUUCCAGUAAAAUCUUUUCGAAUUAUGCAUGCAGAACGUGAGCCUGGGAAAAAACAGAAAACAUUUCGCGACGCCACCACUAGCCUCGCGCAGACAUUCUCAGGCGUGCGUCACGCGUUAAGGAACGCGUAAAGCACGCCUAAGGGCCUCUUCAUAUGAGCCCGGUUGACCGGGCUGGCCCGAUUUCCGAGAUCUCGCCUCACCUCUAAAUCCUUUGUAAAAUUUUCAAUGUGUUCAUACGAGAGGGCGGGCUGGCUCGGUUCCCGAGAUCUCGGUUUUUCCAACCGAGAUCUCGGUAAGCGGGCUGAAAAUUUUGCCAUAUGAACACUUCAUCCCGGUUACCGGGAUGAAUGGCGAGAUGAAUUCUGGCGGUCCGGAUGGCAUCGUCUUGCAUUGCCUGCUGCAUUUUCCACAUCAUAAGCAUCCCAUUUAACUGCCUUGAUACAGCUUUAAGAGUUACCGAUGGUACGGAUAGGCCCGAAAGUUAAAAUUUUUGUGUUUCGCCAUGUUUGCUUUGUUUCCCGAAUUUGGCGCCAGAACUCGUUCCCAGGAUCUUUGACCUUUUCUCAUCUCGGAAACCGGGCUGAAAUUUCUCAUAUGAACCCAAAGCAAAAUUCAUCCCGGUAACCGAGCCAGCCCGGUCAACCUGGCUCAUAUGAAGAGGCCCUCAGAAUGUCUGCAGGGGAGGCUACGCCACCACUGCUUUCCGUGCGAAUGGUGGCCGCGCGAAAUGUGGGCUGUUUUUUCCCUGGCUGGCGAAAGAGGAAUAUUAAAAUAUUUUGCUUCCAUAAACUUGUAUACUCUACAAUCAGGUUUUUACAUCUGUCAUUGUAAAAUGCACUGUAUCCAAUCGGUGGAAAGUCAUUACACAUUCGUCACUUCAUGCGUCGCUUCAUUCACUUGUUUUGGCUUCGAGGCGUGCGCGUAAAAGGACUUAAGAGCGACUUUCUGUAAAUACCACGGAUAGGUGUGCCAGAUGGAAAAAUCGAAAUCCCCCAAACUUUGUCCCAACAAAGCCCUUUGGAAACUAUUUUAGAAAAUACAAGACUCAGUUCGUUUGACUUAAUAUUUUCCAAAAUAAUAAUUUUUUUUAAUUUUCACCUUCGAGAGGCCUUCAAACCACCGAAAAAUGUGCUUGAUACCCUCGAUUCGUGAAUGGAAACGGAAACUAAUACCAUAACUUUUCUUACAUUAAACAAUUUUAUGAUCCUUCCUUUCUACCUAAACGUUGUUACAAUUUCAAAAGAUUUCAAUCUGAUUUUUUAAUAUUUUUUCAAAAUUACCCUCUAAAUCAGCAUUAUCGCGACCAUCAAUUUUGCCAUUUUUCAACGGCGAAAAUCCCUUCCUGGUACAUGGCUUUCAUUAGAAAAAUGGUAUUCCAGAGAAAGAGCAAUGUUUCCCCUAUCAAUCUGUGAAAUAAAAUUCUGGGGCAAUUGAAACUGCGAGUUUUUACAACGGAAAACAUUUACGGUACUCGCGUGAUUUACGACCUCUGAACUUGCAGUUGUCGUGAUGAAUACAAGCGAGAACCUAGACAGCACUUGAAACCCUGACGCAAAUUAGCCCCUUUUCCGCCAGUUUAAACACCAAAAACGAUUUUAGAUUUCACAGUGGUGAAUUUUCAAAAGGAAAAGCAAUUUUAUUGUGCGAAAGUGUGCUAUGACCUUCUUGACUACAAACACUUCCCUUACGUGCGUAUUUGUUUACUUUUGCCGUACACAUAUGUACAAAAUGGCUAAUAGUGUCGGUAGCUAUUCUUUCAAAUGCUCUCAUUUCUCAUGAACCAAAUCGUUAUAGCUAUAAAAAAAGGAAAACAUUUUGACCUACCUCACAUUAUUUGACAACAGACCCGAAUCCUUUACUGCCUUUAUCGAAACGAGAUCGCGUGACAAAGAACUUUGAGACCCAGGUUAUACCGCGCAGACAGAUACCAUUCCGAAAAAGAAACUCACGCGGCACCUUCUGUAGCUAUGAAAGCGAAACAUGUAAAAAAUCAAAAUCCAUAGUUUCGUUGACGUAUCUGCCAGAGCGACCCUGCAAACGUGACACUAAAAAAAUAUUUUUUCGUCAAAAGACUAUAUAGGGGUGGGCCCUUAUACAGUGGAAUAAAGAACCUACGAAUGAUUUUCUUUACCUCGAUAAUAGUAAAAUAUGCCAUAAAACCUAUAUUAAAGCCCCCUGUCAAAUAAGCCCCUCCCUCUGAUUAGCCCCCCCCCCCCUUCUAUCAAGCACCCGCUUCCCACCCGUAAUUAUUCUUCACUAAUAAAUGAAAGACUGUAUUAAUCAAUCACGACGGUAAAGGCUUCGUGUGGACUGAUCCGGGAUGGUUUAUUUACCAACGUGAAGUUCGGAUUUGAUAAUGAUUUUCGACUGCAUUACCUAAAACUUCCUGUACUUGAGCUUUUCCACUUUGUAGGCUUUAUGGAGAAGCGAUACCAUCUUAGUUUCUAAAUUAAACAUAUUAAGCCCCCCGUCUCUAUUAAGCCCCUCCCCCUCAAAUGAGCUUGAAAUAAUGAGCCCCCCGGGGGAGCUUAAUAGAGGAUUUACGGUAUGAAAAAAAAACCUGGAUAUAACGAAACCUCGUUUUAGCGAGCAAAUUUCAGGGGCACUCAACGACUCUUUUCUGUAAAAUAUAUCAUGGGAGAAGUAGAUAUUGCCUUGAAUUUUCUAUAGCUUGAGGACGCCUAAAAAUUUCUAGACGACCGUUCCGUUCCUGUUCAAUUUUCGAAGGUUAUCUUAUAAAUUCCCUACGAUUUUCUGAAGUUUAAUUUUUCAAAUUUUACAUCCCAGGUUGGGCUAAUUUUUCAUAGAAAAGAGGAAGCCUAAAAUGGUCGGAUUCAAACAUGUGAUUGAGAGAGGAAUCAGAAAAAUUCUCACUUUCGUGAUACGUUAAAUUGCAUCCAAAAUUUUGGGGAAAAUAAUACUGAAGCCCUUGUAAUUUCAAAAAUGCUCAAUGCAAGUUUCCCUAGGAUGACCGAACAGGAACAAAUUUUACAAGCCGCUUAGAAUGCAUUUCUAGAGAUCUAAAAGUACUCUGGGUGCACCAUUGAAAAUGUUUUCAAUGAAUUUAGAAGGAAACCGUCGUUGGGUGGCUCAGAAAUUUUUUUAGGCCCUUGGCCCUUCGUUAAAUCGAGGUUCCACCGUAGUCUUUUUGUUUUCAUCACGCUCGUUUUAAAAUACGCUUAUGAAUUCCUUACUUGUAUUCUUAGGAAAAAGUGCUAAGUCGUAGUCUAAAAUGUCAUCCGUCCCUUCCCUCCACCCCCUAAGGGGCAUUUCAGACUAGACAUGGCGGGGCUAAAAACCUGCAUAACCUUAUAGCACCUCUUGUGUUUAAAUUUUCUGUAGUUCUGGCAAACUCGAACAAGUUUUGCAUUUCUGAGGAACGUUUUGCCAAAAUAUAGGUUAUGGCACAUGUCAAGCCAGAAAAAGUGAGCAGUUUGAUAGAAAAUGUCAAGUACGACUGAACAACGCCCGUAAAAGCGCCCCUAAUGACUCGUGCGGGAGGGGGAGGCUGGGUGGGGAGGGGAAACUCUGAAAUUGAGCAAAGAGGACCUAGCUCUAAGCACACCGCCUGCUUUUUAGUUGUCCGUUUCCCUUGGCAAUAAAUUUUACCCACAGUGUCGAGCAACUCUUCAAAGGAGAUUGCAAGCCCUUAUAUUUGGGCCCGUCAGGAACGCUCAGCGGUGAAACCAAAGAUCGCGCCCUCAAAAAACUUAUUUUAACUUACUGAAAGCUGUUUUUUCUUGACCUAUUUAACUUAUCGUUAGGAAAGAAGAAAAGGAAUCUCAUAAUUAGCGUAUGUAUAAAACUAUCAAGAAAUCUCGAAAUUCUGGGUUUUCUAAGAGAACAAAUACUUUCGAAAAAUUUAGGAGAAAGUCCGUGGACUGGAAAUAACUCGCUAUCAAUUAUCCCGAAGAUAUCCGAAUAUCUCACAUUUCAAGCCCACGUUAAUUCGCUUCAUUUUUGAGGGGAGCCAACAUUAGCCGCGCCUCUGUUAUUUUUUUGCGCCUGGGUAUCUCACGUUAUGCUUACGCGUAUCCACAAGUGUGUCUUACAUCCUACGCUUACGUAAAGGUUAUAUACCUGGAACGAUGGGGUAUGUGAUAUAUUCACCUGGUACCGCCCCGAGGGCUACGUGUGUAAGACUGUUCCUUUUCAGAUUUUCAAUAGCAAUGCAAAAAACAAUAGCUUUUAGUUAGUGCGAAAGGCCUUUCCUUCUCUUUUAUUUUCGUUUCCUUUUUUUCUCAAAAAACGCAGUUUUUUUUCAAGGUGCGAGGGGCGUGAUCAUUGGUUCCACCGCUCCAGCGUUCCAGACGGACGCAACUAUACGGCUUGCAAUCUUCUUUAAAGAGUUGCUCAAAAAUAUGAGCGAAAUUUAUCUCCAAGGCAGACUCACAGCUAAAGCGCAGACGGUAUGGUUAGACCUGGGUCCCCUUCGCUCCAUUUCAAAAUUUCCCCCCUCCCCCUGCCAGAAUCAUUAGGGGCGCUUAUACGGGCGCGGUUCAGUCGUACUUGACAUUUUCUAUCAAACUGCUCACUUUUUUCUGGCUUGACAUAAGCCUAUAUUUUUCCCAAACGUUGCUCAGAAAUGCAAAACUUGCUCGAGGUUGCCAGAACUACUGAAAGCUUUGCUUUUAACACCAAAGGUGCUAUAAAAUUAUGCAGGUUUUCUAGCCCCGCUAUGUCCAGUUUGAAAUGUUCUGCGUUUCUUCGCCCCACCCCGAAACGGGAUGCCGCCCCUUACGGGGUGGAGGGAAGGGACGGACGGCAUUUAAGACUAGGAAUUAGCACUAUUUUCCCCCUAAAUGUCAUUUUUCUAAGGAUACAAGUAAGGAAUUCAUAAUCGUAUUUCAAAAUGUGUAAGCAGGCGUUUAUGGAAAGUAAGAGAAUGUAAGGGCCAACCACUUCAUAGUCUGUUGUGGAAAAUAUGUUUUUUCAGUCUUACGUUUUCAUAAUCGCUCUAGCGGAUAAGUCAGUGAAACUAAGGAUUUUGAUUAUUUACAUGUUUUGCUUUUAUAGUUACUGAAGGCACUGCGUGAGUGUCUUUUUCGGAAUGGUAUCUGUCUUCAACCUGGGUCUCAAAGUCCUUUGUCACGCAAUCUCAUUUCGUUAAAGGCAGUAAAGGAUUCGGUUCUGUUGUCAAAUAAUGUGAGGUAGGUCAAAACGUUUUCCUUUUUUAUAGCUAUAACGAUUUGGUUCAUGAGAAAUGAGAGCAUUUGAAAGAAUAGCUACCGACACUAAAGCCGUUUUGUACAUAUGUGUACGGCAAAAGUAAACAAAUACGCACGUAAGGGAAGUGUUUGUAGUCAAGAAGUUCAUAGCACACUUUCGCACAAUAAAAUUGCUUUUCCUUUUGAAAAUUCACCACUGUGAAAUCUAAAAUCGUUUUUGGUGUUUAAACUGGCGGAAAAGGGGCUAAUUUGCGUCAGGGUUUCAAGUGCUGUCUAGGUUCUCGCUUGUAUUCAUCACGACAACUGCAAGUUCAGAGGUCGUAAAUCACGCGAGUACCGUAAAUGUUUUCCGUUGUAAAAACUCGCAGUUUCAAUUGCCCCAGAAUUUUAUUUCACAGAUUGAUAGGGGAAACAUUGCUCUUUCUCUGGAAUACCAUUUUUCUAAUGAAAGCCAUGUACCAGGAAGGGAUUUCGCCGUUGAAAAAUGGCAAAAUUGAUGGUCGCGAUAAUGCUGAUUUAGAGGGUAAUUUUGAAAAAAUAUUAAAAAAUCAGAUUGAAAUCUUUUGAAAUUGUAACAACGUUUAGGUAGAAAGGAAGGAUCAUAAAAUUGUUUAAUGUAAGAAAAGUUAUGGUAUUAGUUUCCGUUUCCAUUCACGAAUCGAGGGUAUCAAGCACAUUUUUCGGUGGUUUGAAGGCCUCUCGAAGGUGAAAAUUAAAAAAAAUUAUUAUUUUGGAAAAUAUUAAGUCAAACGAACUGAGUCUUGUAUUUUCUAAAAUAGUUUCCAAAGGGCUUUGUUGGGACAAAGUUUGGGGGAUUUCGAUUUUUCCAUCUUGCACACCUAUCCGUGGUAUUUACAGAAAGUCGCUCUUAAUUAUUAGGAAGUCGUUAUCGCUUUUAUGCUUUACGGCUUCCGCUUAGUUGAAGAGGAAGACCAUGUAAUAUAAAGCCGACACGUUUAUUUACUGAAAACGUCAAGGCAAUUUGUACCAAGUGACAAAGUUUUCCCUGUUACUUGUCAUACUUAUCAUUAUAUCAUCACGACUGGUACCAACUAUUAGAAGUUUAUUUUGGAGAGUUUUAUCUGUUGAUUUUCCAAUUUGAGUUAAUGCAAACGAACUUCAAUAUGACGUGCAAACAUUAGCCACAAAGGACUGCAAACGAAUAUGCCGAAGAACGUAGGAUCUAUGAAGACCUGAUCAGCAAAAAUGAAAAGUAGACAUUAAAUUCUGCAAGCAGAAUACUGCAAUGCUGAUCGUGCUACGUGAAAAUUAACUCUGCAAGACAUCAACACGACACCGAAAUAACUCAAAACGGAGCGGGAUUGUAGCCACCAGCAUUGCAGUAUUCUGCUUUCAGAAUUUAAUAUGUCUACUUUUCAUCAACCCUUUACAUCAACUUGACACUUGGACUCUUGCCUCCCAGAAGACACGUGGCAUGGCAUGAUUCUGUGGGUGUUGAGAGUUCUAGGUUAGGGCGUAAAUCAGAGUGCGCGGAUAUUUUUCAUCAGAGCUUUCUCUGGUUGUUACACCAUACUGACAAGCCCCAAAGAGGGCGAAACAGCUGUCUAUGGCUACAAUCCCCCUCAACAUCUCGCUGAUAUUUUCGUAAAACACGUUUUACAAGUUAUUGCAUAUUGCAAGUCGGCUAGAUUGCAUUUUAUACCACAGAAAGAGGAAACUACCUCUAAUAUGAUCCAAAUUUUUUCUUAGUCAAUGACUGUUUUUCCCAUUAAAACAAGACUUGUCCUUGUCAUACUGAAUCCACUUUCAUGGACGGAUCCAUGCAGGAAUUUUUUGUAUGGGUCUAAACUUUUGCACACCCUUAAACUUUUUUUACAGCCUGUUUACUAAUUAUCACCCCAAGCAAGGUUAUCCUGAUUCCGGAAUCCGGGAAAUGUUUGCUUAUAGGAUUCGCAAUCGGGGAAAUUUUUUCUUGUGAAAUCCGGGCUUUGGGCUUUGGGCUUUGGAAUCCGUUACUCAGCUCAAGGAAUCUGGAAUCCAUUACCCGGAAACCUGAAUCCAACGCUGUCUUGGAUUCCCUGGGGGUGAAGCUUCUAAUUUCCAUCAGUUACAAGCUAUUUUCUAGCUAGUAAACGUGCAACCCUCAAUUUCAGUGCGAGAGUGUUUUCACAUGACGUCACGGCGGCCAUAUUAGUGUCCCAAAACAAUGAAACGGCGGCCAUGUAGGUGUCCCAAACCAGUCCUGUGGGAGUAGAACUCCUAUGUUAUGUGAACGCUUUCUUUUGUUCCAAUAAAUGUGCAUAGAUGCUGGCCACGUGAGUGAAAACGCUCUAUUAACGUUUCCAGUCUGAUGGGCGUACCUAGCGGUCCAAAAGCCCCGGACCCUCCCAGGCCCCCCAUCCCGGAUUCGCCAAUGACUUUCCAGUUGUUUAUUACCAUGCCUUUGCCGUAUUGUCCAUUUAGCAUCGUUAUUAGUAUAUAAAAACAUCACUGACUUUUUAAAAAUAAACAGACAUUUAUCAAUUUAUUGAUAAAGACCAUAUUGACCUCAAGCCCUUAUACAAUAUUCGUUAGAAAAUAUUUCUACCAUAACUCUGCCCUAAGGCUGAAACUUAUGACCAUAUUCACUAAUUCCGCAUCGCCACGCCCUCUAAACUUUGGAACUACAAAAACGACGCGUGUUAAAAAUGAAAUAAUGUUGUUUUUGCCAAUUUUCUGAGUAACAUCUUAGUCAGUGUGUACUUCUUUCUCUGACAGCUGGCCGUUAUAGGUGUCCUGGGAAUCGUGGUCUGGUUGAAGAAAAACAAAACUGUGGUAAGUUGUAGACGGAAAACUUUAUGUUGCCCAUUAAGAACUAUAAUUGAUCCUUUAAGUCCAGGGGUACUCCUGGGAAUUCUUGGUGGGGGUGUACCGCCCGUGUCUCUAAACACUGACCCUGUUUCAGGCCAAAAAUGUAAUUUUCCACACCCGUUUUCAGACCUGAAGGUACUCACAAAACGAAACAUAUACCAAUGAAUGCUGAGACUAGAACACCAACAAAAAAUUUCUUAAAAUCCAUUUCGAAUUCGCACAUCCCCCUUUCUUUCUUAUUCAUUUGGAAUACAUUCACGCACUACCGUAGUUCCCUCGAAAACCAUACCCAAUUCCAGACCAAAAUGACCAAAGUCUAUACCGUUUUCAGACCAAAACGGCGCAAACCCUACCCUUUGGUGCGGCACAUACAUAUAUGGCUUAUAUGAGGGAGUACCCCAGGGGGCCUUUAAGUUCCAAGACGGUGUCCAACGUCAAUGUUCUCCCAACAAUAUCAAAAUAAAAUCAAGAGAAAAGGGUAUUACAACCAAUAAAAUGAUCAUCAAAGGGAAAAUGCUUUGAUCUUUUUUGCAAAUUCUCUCAACAAACUAUUCCAGGAAUCAGUCUGGAGAAUAAUUUUGCGUAAGUAAAUAUUGGGGUUUAAGGAGUUAAUGCCCGGUGGGUGGGAAUCCCUUAUAAAAGUGACGGGGUUGCUCUUCGGAAGAUUCAAAUUAAACACCCAAGGGAGACCAAUGUGGGUGUGGCUCAAGCUUAAUUUGACCCCUAGGGGAGAUUUCUGUGUGGUCAGUGUCAGGUAUUUUUUGUACCUGAAUUAGCAAAUAUAGUGACUUUCCAUUCCAAACACCAAACCAAAAUCUGCAAUUUACACCCCAAAGCAAGACGACGAGCAUCCCCGUCACAUUUAUAUUGGAGUUUCUCCGGGUUAAACGACUUGAAUUGUGGUUUACAGUGGCGUAGACCGUUGCCUGCGGUGUGUUUUUUCUCCCCCAGUUUUCAAAUUAAACGGAUUGGAGGCAGGGUCGUUGCCGAAUUAUCAUCAUACUGAACAAAAAAGAGUGAUGAGUGAUGACGACUAGAUUGAGCUGUGAAAAUUCGUCUAAGUAAGAAAUCCGGUUUCCUGGAUUACGAUACACAGCUUUUUCUUAUAAGUUGGUUAAGAUGGUUCAGGGGCGUAGCCAGGAUUUUUCCAGAGGUACGCCCAACUUUUUCUACAUCGUCUCUUCCCCCUUCCCCACCCCCUCCCCGCCCCUACCCAAAUCUCUAUCUUUUUAAGGUGCCUUUAGGGUGGGGUUAACGGUUGUAACCCUAAGCAUUUUUGCUGUUUAUGAAAUGUCGCAAGCUCUAAAAUUCCUUAAUUCUGUCGGUUUAUUGGGUUUAUGGAUGUCGACCUUUAAUCAUUAAUUCAGCUAUUAAAAAUCAAGCUAGUAGUACCUCCGACUUACGUUUACAAAUGACUGUUUUUUACUGCUUUUUGUCACAUUGUUUUUGACCGACAAAAGCACCACACAUUGACGUUAUUGUGCUCUACUUCAUGUACUGCGAAGACAGGUCAAGGAGAAAACACCAUGGCGCGUUCACGCUUUACCUCAUCGACGCGAGCUUGCUACAUAAAUAUAUCAUCCAUGAUUCGGUUCACCAAUUAAUGUCGUCACUUCUCUAAAAACCGACGUUUUAAAUUAUAUUUCUUUCAUUUUAUUUUUUCUCCUCAACUUUUUCGGAUACGCACGUGCGUAACGUGCGUACAGGUAGCUACGCCCCUGUGGUUAGAGAAAUGUUCAAAUUGGGAAGAAAAUGUUUAGGGUUUAUUUGUCACUUGCAAAAACUUAAGGUUUGAUUCAUAAGGAGGGGGUGUAAGUGGCAAAUUUAGCCUGACAAGUUCCUAAAAACAAGAUUGUUACUUGCGAGUUUUUACUGCAUAGUAAAUUAUCUUAUGCAGAAGAUUAAUCACUUGCAUGCAUAAUUUAGAUGGUCUUUUACCUGGUGAUGUGUAUCCUCUGGUUCAUUAUUAUGAUUAUUCAAGUCAUCAUUGCCCUUAUCGCAUGGCUCAUCUGGACAAUUAUCCGAAGGGUGGUGGAUACAUGUCAUGAAGUUGGAGACACUUGCGUUUGUGAUGGCACAGAUGAGAGUGCUCCAGUAACAGGUGAGAUAAGAACAAGGCAUGUUGUGCUACCAGGGCUGAACCUUAAUAAGGGACUUUGUGGGUCCUACAGGAUCCUACAUGCACCAUUUGGACUCUUCAAAAAUGGUUCCAAAGGGUGCUGAGCUACCAGAUGAAUCUUGUCCAGGGACCUCCACGAUCCGAAAGGAUCCUAAACGUACCAUAAAGGGUGCCGUGUGCUAACAGGUACACCCCGUUAGAGCUGUUGAGUAGGAACCGUCGGGGAUCCGGUAUACAUGCACUACUUUCAUUCUUCAAAAUCGUGGUUCCUCUACUGGAAUUUUUAAACACAUCUGAUUUAAAUUCAAUAAUCAAAAUAACCACUUCUUAAACUAAUCUUUGCUGUAAACACGGGAAAUAGGAAGUGUUCAUUGUGAGUAAGUGAUAGGUUUGCGCUUGGAAAAAUUCAGAUCUAGUGGACUUAUUUAUUGAUAGUCAAGACUUCUUGGUUCUAAAAAGUAUUCAAACUGACUUUUAUAACAUAACUCUCGUAUUGUUCUUUCGAGCCCUAAUCCUAUAAAAUCCGCGUAUUUCGGGUGACUAUUGCUACUGUUUAUCUAAGGGUUAUGAUCACUCGAGUGACACAAACGCAAGCCCAAAAGAAAUUUUUUACACGUCCUACGCAAGCGCCAGCACAGUAAGAUACGCAUGCGCAUUGAAAAUCCUGCAUACAUCCCAUCAAGGUGCAAUCUCGACCCCAGAGCUCUUAUGCGCAUAACGGCCAGGGAGUCAGAAGCGUAAGCACUGGGGUCGAGAUUGAUCAGGGAGGACAUACUGUACUUGCUAUCGCGGUUGCGUUUGCGUAAUCCCGCUUCAUUCGUGUAAAAUGCAAAUGAAAGCGCAAGCAUCUUACCAAAGCACUCUGCACAUCAACAGCAAUCGUAGACUAUUUAUCAACGCGGCUUCAAUUUUCUAUUGUCUGCACUCUUAUAGGUCUAGAAAUACGUGCAUUACCUGGCAAAGAAAAAUCAAAAUCAUGUGUUCUUUAAGACCACACAACGAGAGGUUUGGAUAUCAAGUUUAUUGAGUCAGAUUUGACAACAAGUACACAAAGUAGCGAAUGACGUCAUAACUAAGUCAAUAGACUCACGCAGGAGGGUGGCUGGGUAACGUGCUUGCCUUUCGAAUUGAGCUUAUGACUGAAACGUUCAUGCAACGGACGAUCAAAUAAGCUUUGACGUCAAAUGUGAUCGACGUGUAAUUAAAAUUGUUGCACAAUGAAUUUGGAUUUUGAUAUAGCCUGUGAACAGGCUCUCUCUUUGGGGUUUUGAUACUGACGGUUGGAAUGAUUAUAGGACAUUUUCAACCUAAAAAUAUGUUUUCACCUCUUAGUGCACAACUGUGAUGACAUCAGGGUGAUUGAAUCCUGCUUUUUGGCCAUUCUAAUCGUGUCAGGUUUUGCUGCCAUUUUCACACUGGCCGGUUCCAUCAUUGGCUGCAUGGGAACAUGCUGCGCAAGAACUCAGGUAAUCAAGCCCAGCCGUACAUCCCGGGGGAGGUACUUGCUAGUAAUAGGCUAAUGGGAAUGUACCUUUGGAUGGGGUCGUAUUUUCUCGACUGGAUUGACUAUAAUGAGGUUGCAUUUUAAAUGGAAGUUACUAGAAUGGGGUCGCACAUUUUCGGGAUUUAGUUAGGGGUAAGAAAAUUCUGGUUAGUUAGGCGCACUCCCUUUUUAGGUGGGGAUGAUGAGUGGCCAACUUCUUGAAACUCUUACCCUAUCUCAGACCGAAAGAUGUGAUUUUCCCUACCCUUUGUCAGGGCUAAUAUCGCUCUGAAGAGAAGAAUGAUUCAAAAAGUACCCAAUUCUUGACCUUGGCUCCAGAGAACAUAAACCUUACUCCAUCUCUCACCCAAACGGUAACAUCAGUGCCCAAUACUGGAACAGAAGAGCUCAUAAAACUAUAUCUUUGGCGCUUGUAUGUUGAUACAGCUUACAUCAUAAGGGAGGUAUUUAGGGUAUUUUAAGUAUAUUAGCGAGCUUUGAAAAAGUCUGUUUCAAACCAGAGAUAUCUUAGCGUAGAUUUAAUCGUAAUUGCCGCUUAUUGUAUAAUACAAGCUGUUUUGGUCGUAUUUUAUUCUUGGUUUACAUUUUAUUUCUCGUUGAUUUUGAGUAUGAUUAUGCGACGUGAUAAUGAGUUUAGAAACAAAGGAAAUAUGCCCUCUGCGCUUCCUCUGCAAGCCGUUUCUUCACUGAGAACUUUCUAAGAAUUUGAUAAGGAUUUCAAAAGAGGGAAAUAAACCGCCUAAUCAGCUUGGCUUUAAUAAAACUAAACUGGAGAUUUUUUAAGGAGAAAAAGUGAUUUUCACUCAAGUUACCAUCAAUUAAACAUUUUACCAACAUGCGCCUUUAUCAUGUGCGUUGUUUUUUAUCCUCACAGCCAGCCAACGUUGUUGUGGUACAUCAGCCCACGGGAUACCCGAUGACAAUGCAACAAACUAUAAUGACUACGCAGCAGGGCUAUCCACCUCAACAGGGCUAUCCACCCCAGCAACCAUACCCGGGUCAACAGGCCGUGGGAGCUUAUCCUAUGCAGCAUCAGCAACCUGCAGAUGGCCCCCCUCCAGAAUACGGGCUUCCAGAAAAGCCGCAGUAGCAAAUAUGUAGUGUUUCAGCUUACCUUGAUCUGAUAUGAAAUCUGAUUAGUUUAGUUCAAAAAGCUUUCUCGUCUCGUCUCGUCUCUCGUGGUAGUGCGCGUGCAGAUCUGUCCACGCGCGAUUGGUGCACACUGGUUCCCGGCACAAAAUGGUGGUGCGUUCAAACCUUUAGUACCCCAUUUGUGUACAUAAAUACUCCAUUUCGCCCUGCCAGACGCCAUUUGAAUCAUGAGCUUAGCAGCGACUGCCCUGAACGGCCAAAAACGGUGUGCACACAUCGACCUGGUGCCCACUUUUGCACCGUGCCCAAAUUUUAGCAUGGGUAGUUAAAAAAAAGAGUGUGUUUACAUUCGUACUCAGCGAGUACCGUACGCGGGCGUUGUUCCCUCACACCAAGUGUGAACGCUACCUUAAAAAGAACUGUUUAGCGCCUUAAUCAGCUUCGAAGUUAGUCUCAUUUUAAUUCAAGCACGUAGAAGCCUAGCAAAAGCGAAGACGCAAAGCGCCUGGGAACGAGUUUGUACCAUGCGCUGGCAAGCUGCUACCUUUCGUCUAACUUUUUGUUUUCUUUUUCUUUUAUAUGUGUGUUUUUUGGGGGGGAGUGUUUCGUUAUGAGAGCAGAUUUUUUUGCAAAUUUGCUCCUGAAAAGCUAUUUCCAAAAUUUGAACUGAGCUGGCACUCAACUAAAGCAGGAUAUAAAAAAAAUCAGUGUUAACUUCAAGAGGCCUAUCAGCUAGGUCUAUAUGGAAUAGCUCUCUGUUGGUCUCACCAACAAGAACAGCCUGAACAAAAUUAAU